AUGCUAACAAGGAACUGCCUGCUGCUGUUCCUGUGGGGUCUUGUCAACGAGGGCUCGGUCUCGUCUUUGCGUCCGCCUUCGCCGCCGCUGGGACGGAGCAGGACGGGGAGGGAGCACGCCAGGAGCUCGGCGGGCCCGAUGAGGAAUGGGGCGGCUGGAUUUCAGCGGGUCAAAAGGGGCUGGGUGUGGAACCAGUUCUUCGUGCUGGAGGAGUACAUGGGGUCCGACCCGCAGUACGUGGGCAAGCUGCACACUGACCUCGAUAAGGGGGACAGUGCGGUGAAGUACACCCUCUCUGGGGACGGGGCCGGCUCCAUUUUCACAAUUGACCAAACAACGGGGGACAUCCAUGCCUUAAGGAGUCUUGACAGGGAGGAGAAGCCUUACUACACCCUGCGCGCCCAGGCGGUCGACAUCAACACCAAUAGGCCCCUGGAGCCGGAAUCAGAAUUCGUAAUCAAGGUCCAAGAUAUCAAUGACAACGAGCCAAAGUUCCUGGAGGGACCGUACACGGCCAGCGUUCCCGAGAUGUCACCAGUCGGGACGUACGUGACGCAAGUAACAGCCACGGAUGCGGACGACCCGACGUAUGGAAACAGCGCCAGGGUGGUGUACAGCAUCCUGCACGGCCAGCCCUACUUCUCCGUGGAUCCCAAAACAGGGGUGAUAAAGACAGCCUUGCCCAACAUGGACCGAGAGGUGAAGGAACAGUACCAGGUAUUAAUCCAGGCCAAGGACAUGGGGGGUCAGCUGGGAGGCCUGGCCGGGACCACCACCGUCAACAUCACCCUCAGCGACGUCAACGAUAACCCGCCCCGGUUCUCCAAAAGUUUCUUUCACCUGAGAGUUCCCGAGUCGUCCUCGGUGGGAUCCGCCGUCGGGAGAAUCAAAGCGCACGACUUGGACAUCGGGAGGAACGCCGAGGUGGAGUACACCAUCGUGCCGGGCGACGGCGGCGCCAUGUUCGACAUCACCACCAACGAGCACAACCAGGAGGGGAUCAUCAUAGUAAAGAAGCCCCUGGACUAUGAAACCAAGAAGGCGUACACCUUUAAGGUUGAUGCUUCCAAUGCUCAUCUGGAUCCACGGUUUCAGAGCUUUGGGGCCUUCAAAGACACAGCAACAGUGAAGAUUAACGUUUUGGAUGUGGAUGAGCCCCCGGUGUUCAAUAAGCCCUCCUAUGUGAUGGAUGUGUACGAGGACACACCUGCGGGCACCAUCAUUGGAGCAGUGACAGCUCAGGAUUUAGACGCCAGCAGCAGUCCAGUCAGGUAUUCCAUUGACUGGAAGAGCGACCUGGACAGCUACUUUGACAUUGAUCCAGUGGAGGGAACGAUUUCCACCAACGAACUCCUCGACAGGGAGAGCAUCGCUCAGCACAAUAUCUCCAUCGUGGCGACCAAACUUAACAGUCCGGUUCUGACCAGCCGGGUGGCCGUCACCGUCCACGUGCUGGACAUCAACGAGUUCCCGCCUGAGCUGGCCAGUCCCUACGAGACCUUCGUGUGUGAAAACGCCAAAGUGGGACAGGUGAUCCAAACGUUCAGCGCAAAAGACCAGGAUCUACCGACCGCCGGACAACAGUUCUCCUUCAGGUCAACAAAAGAAGAUCUAAAAAACAAGAACUUCACCAUCCGGGACUUUGGAAAUAACACAGCUGGAAUCGUGACCAAGCGCGGCGGGUUCAGACGGCGUUUGCAGGAGAUCUACUUCCUCCCUGUGGUGAUCGAAGACAACGGAUACCCGCCCAAGAGCAGCACGGGCACGUUGACCAUCCGCGUGUGUGGCUGCGAAUCGGACGGUUCCCUGUUGACCUGCAGCGCGGAGGCCAUCUUCCUCCCCGUCGGUCUCAGCACAGGAGCUCUGAUCGCCAUUCUUCUAUGUAUCGUCAUCCUGUUAGUGAUCGUGGUGCUCUACGUGGGUUUGAGACGGCAGAAGAAAAAGGAAACCCUCAUGUCAUCCAAAGAGGACAUCCGGGAUAAUGUGAUCCACUACGACGACGAGGGAGGCGGGGAAGAGGACACGCACGCCUUCGACAUGGGGACGCUUCGCAAUCCCAAGGUUGUCAAGGAGAACCUGUACCGCAGGGACGUCAAACCUGAGUUGAAGAGAGGCCCCAAGCCGCCCGUCUCUCAGGACAGCGCCGACAUCCGAGACUUCAUCAACCAGCGUCUGAAAGAGCACGACACGGACAACUCGGCGCCGCCCUACGACUCCUUGGCCACGUACGCCUACGAGGGCGACGGCUCGGUGGCCGAGUCGCUCAGCUCCAUCGAGUCCCUCGCAAUAGACCUCGAGGAGGACUAUGAUUACCUCAGCGACUGGGGGCCCCGCUUUAAGACACUGGCAGGGAUUUUCGGGGAACAGUCGGAAACUCAGUCGGACUCAACAACCACGGAGAACACACAUUGA